AUGCCUUUCGCUUUAGAGAUUAGGGAGCCUCGUGGUGGAAGAAGUUCUCUCUUUGAUGGCAUUGAAGAGGGAGGAAUCAGAGCUGCUCCUUCGUACUCGCACGAAAUCAAUGAGCAUGAGAAUGAACGUGCCUUGGAAGGAUUGCAAGACAGAGUCAUUCUCUUAAAACGACUAUCUGGCGACAUAAAUGAAGAGGUCGAUACUCAUAACCGCAUGCUUGACAGAAUGGGCAAUGAUAUGGAUUCAUCAAGGGGGAUUCUCUCAGGAACCAUGGACCGGUUUAAAACGGUAUAUCCGAGCAGACAUGCUCUCGCUCUCUCUGUCUCUUACAGCGACAAAAUCAAGCCGAAGAAUGCUGACACUCGUGGCAUCGUUCGUGGGUUUAUUUCUAGUCAUAUACUACCUUACUCGAUAAAAGUGGCAAACCUCGGAGUAUUCUGA